GAAGAAGAAGAAGAAGAAGAAGAAGAAGAAGAAGAAGACACACUUGUAGCGGAUCAGCUGUUUGUAGGUGACAGCUGGAGAAGAAGAGAAAAUCACUGCGAAUCACAGACACACUGAAACAAGGUCUGUCCGGAUUCUUCUCAGGUUCCAAGUGGAUGAAACUCUCUCAUGUUGCAGCUCUGACUCUAGCUUCUAUCGACGGGCUGUGUUGGAGCCCUGAUCACUGAUCGGAGAACCAUGUCUGAGUUGUCGGGGAAAGUCCAGUCUGUCCUGGGUCUGCUGGAUCCGGACCAGCUGGGCCGCACCAUGACCCACGAGCACCUGACCAUGAGCUUCGAGUGCUGCUACUUCCCUCCUCCCCCGGGCGACGAGGCGGUGGCGGAGAACCCGUUCCAGAUGCAGCACAUGCACUGGCUGAGGCAGAACCCCUACAGCUGCCACGAGAACCUGCUCCUGAUGCAGGAGACGGGCGCCGUGCGGGACGAGCUGCUGGCUUACAGGAAGGCCGGCGGGGGCUCCAUAGUGGAGAACACCACCACGGGCAUCGACCGGGACCUGCCCACCCUCCGGCAGCUGGCCAAAGACACCGGGGUGCAGGUCAUUGCGGGAGCGGGGUACUACGUUGACUGCACCCACUCUGAGGCCACGAAGAAAAUGAGCGUGGAGAAGCUCACGGACAUCAUCGUCGGGGAGGUGCUUCACGGUGCCGAUGGGACGGACAUCCGCUGCGGUGUGAUCGGAGAGAUCGGCACCGGCUGGCCAAUCACCGAGAGCGAGAAAAAGGUGCUGAGGGCCACGGCUCACGCUCAGGCUCAGCUCGGGUGCCCGGUCAUCAUUCAUCCCGGCAGAAAUCCCACCGCCCCGGCCGAAGUCAUCCGGAUUCUACAGGAGGCCGGCGGUGACAUCGGCAAAACUGUCAUGUCUCACCUGGACAGGACUAUAUUCGAUGAGGGUGAACUGCUGGAGUUCGCUAAACUGGGGAGUUACCUGGAGUACGAUCUGUUUGGAACGGAGAUGCUGAACUACCCUUACAACCUGGAGCUGGACAUGCCCAGCGACAGCCAGAGAGUGAAGGCCUUGGCGCUCCUGGCGAAGGAGGGCUACGAGGACAAGAUCCUGGUCGCGCACGACAUCCACACCAAGAACCGCCUGACCAAGUACGGCGGCCACGGCUACUCUCACAUCCUGAACAACAUUGUGCCGAAGAUGCUGAUUAGGGGCAUCUCGCAGCUCCAGGUGGACAAGAUUCUCAUCGACAACCCCAAACGCUGGCUGACCUUCAAAUAAAGCCCACAUCAAAAGAAGAGAAGCGAGACAGGAGAUUUCAUGUAGCGAUUAUUUUAUCUCCAGAUGAAGACCGCACACCCCACAAUGAAUAAUUGCAAUAUAACUCUGCAAUAAUCACAGUUCAAAGUCAUUCCUAAAUGUGACUUUGAGCCCAAACCAAUAAGGUCACAGUAAAUUUGUCUUUAAUGUUCACGUUUCCAAGUUUGUCAGCAAAGCAAAAUGUUUCAUCGCUUUGUAAAAAAGAAUUACAGGCUGUUGUUUCACUUUUUAUAGACACGCUUAUUAAGUAGAACUUCAUUUUAUAUUGUGAUUAUACAUUAUUCACUUUCUAAGCAAAUUGAAUGUCGGAGCCUUGCAAGGAUCACAGUGCUUCUAAUUAGCAGUGUUAUGUUUUGGUCCCAUCGACGCUGUUUUUUUUCUUGUCUGCAGGAAUGUGAAUGCAAUAUCUAAGACACAUUUUCUCUAUUUUUCAUCUCUUGCUUUUCAAUGACGGCGCCAUUGCUGCUUGCUUUGUAUUUGUUAGUGACAUUUCUGCAAACACGCUUUACGGGAGGUAAAUAAUGAGCGCGUCGGUAAUCAGUAUGCUGCUCGGCUCUCGACACAAUGUGGCUCGUGUUAGAUGAGUUGUCCUGUCGCCCCUCAGUGGGUGUCUGGCUGUCUAUGGGAGGCUGACUGUCUGGCAAGCCCAGAUGAAGGACAUGUUCUCCUCUCACCUGGAAACAGGUGGCCUCGCAGGGUGACUUCGCCACAUGAUCAAUGGCGUGAUCGCAACAGCUGACUGUGCACCGCGGAAAAAAAAACCCUGUAUAACUUUUGAUUAAUCUUCCGAGAGGAUUACAAAGUGAGCCGGAGGAUUUCAUUUUACAAUACAUUUAACAUUGUGGCCGACAGUCUUAUCUGGAGGGGCUUGACAAUCCGCGGGCAGAUCGAUGAAUGUUGUUGAGCUGGAGGAAACAUUUCUGUCCGAGCGACUGUCCAGUUUUUGUGAUGGUGACUAACUACCAGACCUCCCCCGUCGCCCCAACCAGCUGUCACAUUGAGACAGACAAGAAAAAUGAGUGGCGCUGAUUAUUUUUUUGAGAACAGUGCUUCAAUGUGAACAUCAGAAUGGCCCUUUACAGAUUUCAACUUCUCCAAGUGUGUCAAUGCUGCUCAAGAGUUUCAAAUGUUAAAUCGUUAUAUUCAUGCAUCACUACAGCUUUAAACAUUUUCACCCAAAAUGCAACAACUAUCACAUAUUUGUUUUUUUGAAAGAAUAAAGCACAUACGUGGACUAACAA